GGUGUGGAGCUCGAUUGCUGUUCCCGCUGGAAUCCACUUUCGGUGCCUCGCGACUGUGUGUGCGUUAAGUCAACGUCACAGCUCUAGACAAUUGGAAAUCGAGGCAUAAAACUAGUGAAAUCUGAUUUGAAUUUAAAUUACCAAGCUUUUGUUAUUGCUGACUCUCGCGCACGGCCCCAAAAUGAACAAACUUCCCAUGCAGGCCUGGCGUUUUACAGCCGUCACCUCGGGUCAGAAUCUGCGACGAAGUGUGUCCAAGAUCGGUGGGUCAACCAGCAGCAGCAUCUUGCCACACGAAAAGCGUCGCGAAAGCUCCACGGGCGUAGCCACCUGUCCACACCUGGCGGAUCAAGAGGAAAGCGAACCCAAUGCCUCCCGCAUACACUCAACGGCCGAGUGGCAGAAUGCCCUGCCCUACAGUCAGAUACCAGGACCGAAGCCCAUACCCAUCCUGGGCAACACCUGGAGACUGAUGCCAAUAAUUGGUCAAUACACCAUCUCGGAUGUGGCCAACAUAUCGUCGCUGCUGCACGAGCGUUACGGCAGAAUUGUGCGUUUUGGAGGCCUCAUUGGAAGGCCCGAUCUAUUGUUCAUCUACGAUGCCGACGAAAUUGAAAAGUGCUACCGAAGCGAGGGACCCACUCCCUUUCGGCCCUCGAUGCCUAGCCUGGUCAAGUACAAGAGCGUAGUGCGCAAGGACUUUUUCGGAGAGCUCGGAGGAGUGGUUGGAGUCCACGGCGAGCCCUGGCGUCAGUUCCGUUCACGUGUCCAGAAACCAGUUCUGCAGCUAUCCACCAUUAGACGCUAUCUCCAGCCCCUGGAAGUAAUCACCGAGGACUUUCUGGUGCGCUGUGAACAACUGUUGGAUGAAAACGAAGAGCUGCCCGAGGAUUUCGAUAAUGAGAUUCACAAAUGGUCCCUAGAAUGCAUUGGUCGCGUGGCUCUGGACACUCGUUUGGGGUGCCUGGAAUCGAAUCUCAAACCGGACUCGGAGCCCCAGCAGAUUAUCGAUGCGGCCAAGUAUGCCUUGCGCAAUGUCGCCACCUUGGAGCUAAAGGCUCCCUACUGGCGAUACUUCCCCACUCCACUGUGGACGCGCUACGUGAAGAACAUGAACUUCUUUGUGGGAGUCUGUAUGAAGUACAUACAGAGUGCCACCGAAAGACUCAAGACCCAGGAUCCCAGCCUGCGUGCUGGAGAACCCUCGCUGGUGGAGAAGGUGAUUCUCUCGGAGAAGGACGAGAAAAUAGCCACCAUAAUGGCUCUUGAUUUGAUUCUAGUCGGCAUAGAUACUAUAUCCAUGGCUGUGUGCUCGAUGCUCUAUCAACUGGCCACACGUCCCGAGGAACAGCAAAAGGUGCACGAGGAGCUGAAGCGCCUGCUGCCGGAUGCCAACACACCACUGACCAUUCCUCUCCUCGAUCAAAUGCACCACCUGAAGGCCUUCAUCAAGGAGGUCUUCCGCAUGUACAGCACAGUGAUUGGGAACGGGCGCACCUUGAUGGAGGACAGCGUGAUCUGUGGCUAUCAGGUGCCCAAGGGCGUCCAGGCCGUAUUCCCUACCAUUGUUACCGGCAAUAUGGAGGAGUAUGUUACAGAUGCAGCCACCUUCCGGCCAGAGAGGUGGUUGAAGCCCCAACACGGCGGAGUGCCCGGCAAACUGCACCCGUUCGCCUCGCUACCCUACGGCUAUGGAGCCCGGAUGUGCCUGGGUCGUCGGUUCGCCGAUCUGGAAAUGCAGAUACUGCUGGCUAAGUUGCUACGCAACUACAAGCUGGAAUACAAUCACAAGCCUUUGGAUUACGCCGUAACCUUCAUGUAUGCGCCUGAUGGACCACUUCGAUUCAAGAUGACGAGAAUUUAGCUUUAGGUUUACAUACAUUUUUUACAC